AUGAGCGGUAUUCCAGAUUUUGGAGCUUCAAUCCCUAAAAAAUUCAAAAGCGCCUCUAUGGGUGAUAUUCCAGCACUUGACAUCAAAGCGCUGUUUAGAAUGGUGGUUCUGGGGCCAUCGUUCUCAGGGAAGAGCAACUUAUGUAUGUUCAUCCUCAAGCAUUCUCCUCACGUAUUUGCUCAUCUAACGAUCAUUGCUCGUAAUCCUCACCAGGUGUUAUAUGAGUAUCUUCGUGAUAAGCUUGAUGGCUUUAUCACAUUCACCGACCCUGACUCGCCUCCGAGUGAUGAACGGGUACGUCAUACACCAAUUAAUUCCCAUAAGCCUGAGCUCGUCAUCAUCGAUGACUACAGCAACGAUAAGCUUCUUCAGAAAAAUUUGUUCUCACAUUACUUCACUAGAGGGCGCCACUUCAAGCUAUCAACCAUCUUCUUGACCCACACCUACUUCGCAACGGACAAGAUGAUCAGAUUGAACUCAGAGUACGUAGCGAUCCUGAAAGCUAAUUCUAAGCGAGACCUCCAGAUGGUUGUGAAAGAUUUUAAUAUCAAGGGAGUAGAUGAGCGUUCAAUCGUCUAUUAUUACAACAAAGCCACGGAGCGAAAGGGCCAAAUGCUCUUCAUUGAUUCGGUCAAGGGUCAGAUCAGGUAUAACUUCGAUAGACCGAUUCGUAUCGAGGACUAG